AUGCUAGCGGAACACCUUGUCAAGACUGUGAAAUACAAGGAGGCAGAGGAAACAGAGCUACCGGUUUGUGAGUGGAUGGAUGCUCGUCCACACCUAGGGAAAGCCUCCCCACAAGCUCUUAACGUUCGUCGAAUUAUUACAAGAGCUUUAUGGGGACAGGGUCCCUCACGUCGACCUAAGGCUGAAGAACUAGUUGCUAUAAUCCAUUCACUUGUUGAUAGCAUGGGUGAAAGCAAGUUCGGAGUGUGUCAGGAAGAGGAGAGAAGGCUUAAUGAGGAUAUGGUGGCUCAACUCAACUGA